CAAACUCUAAUUUUUGUUUAUUUGUUUAUUUUUUGAGAGAAUUCGACAAACUCUAGUUAGGCAUAUAAGAAACCAAACGGAAAGAAAUUACAGAGUGAGAAUGGAAAGAGGGAGCCGCGAAGAAGCAGACGAAAGGAGAGAAGCAGUUAUAUCCUCAGCGACUUCUUUACGCCCCAAUUUCAAGCCCAAUCCUGGAAUUACUGAAUCGCAGCUCUCCAAAUUUCAGGAAUUGCAUAGGAGGCGUUUACAAAUCAAAGCCAAAUCUAAAAUACACAAGCGAGACAAAGGAGCUGAUGGGAAAGGGAAGACCCACAAGAAGCUUGCUGAAAUUCAGGAAAGCUCCGACCAAGAACCAAGUAAACCUACUACUAUGGAUGGCACCGGUGACUUAAAACCAGAAAACAGAGUGGGGAACGCAUCGUGUGGAGUAGACAAUGUAGCAGCAAAAACACGCCACAAGUUGUAUUGGGGGUAUUCUCAGGCUCUCAUUCACAAUUAUUUAUCUGUUUUUUUAUGUUCACUUAACAAUUGGGAAAGAUAGGUGGUCGAAUAGUAAAAUGAAAGAAAAUACCUCUACCAGCAUGAGUUGAUAGUGUAUUGACCUAAUUGUGUCUGAGAGGUGAUUUACUUGGAUCUUUAUACUCUUGUUACAAAUUAUAUAGGCUCGACACGAAAGAGAGGUGGGAGAGGAAGUCCAACAUGUGAGAAUGCCACCGCAAAUUUUGUGUGGAGUCGGGGAUGCAGCAGAGAUUGUGUCGAUUAUCUUCUUCAGCUCCAAAGACAAUGAUGAGAUUGACUUCUUUUGUGGUGUUCUCUCCACGGGUCAUAUAAUCUUCAGGCAUUGCGAAGUGAAUGGCAAGUUUUCAUGACGUUUGGUGAGACGACCUUUUUGUGCAGCGGCAGCAGGAUCUUUCAUUUCAUGUGAUUAUUUGAUUAUAAAGUUGUGCAAUAUAUAUGUUCUGUAAAUAGUCCACAUUCUGGAGGGCCUAGAGACUGAUUGCUUUCAUGUAAGUCUGCUAUUUAGAUUUUAGAGUCUGCAUCAGCCUAAUGGAAUUGGAGAAUAUCAGAUUUUUAUUAA